AUGUGGCGUGCUGCUGCGUGCUGCCAGCCGCUAAUUAGGGCGAAGGCUAUUGAGGCGCUGCCGUCUGUAUGUGGCGUGCUGCUGCGUGCUGCAGCAGCAGCAGCAGCAGCAGCAGCAGCAGCAGCAGCAGCAGCAGCAGCAGCAGGAGAUGCAGGAGGAGCAGCAGCAGAAGCAGUGCGUGAUGAGAAGAAAAAAAAGAUGCAGCAGCAGCAGCAGCAACUGCUGCUGCUGCUGCUGCGGCCCUCUGUAUUGGAUGAGCUCAGGGGCUGCUGCUUAGAACACAGCAAGACAGUGGUGCGUCGUGCUGCGCUGCUGGCGCUGCAGCAGCUGCUGCCGCUGCUGCUGCUGCACCUGCCUCUGCUGCAGCAGCUGCAUGCAUAUGAUGCCUCUCUUUAUGCGAGUGGGUCUCCUGAGCCAGCAACUGAGGAGGCGUCAGCAGCAGCUGCAGCACCUGCAGCAGCAGCAGCAGCAGCAGCAGCAGCAGCAGCAGAAAGACCUAUUGGUGCUGCUGCAGGUGUUUCUGGGUGGGGUUUGUUUCGGCUGCUGGGGUGGAGACAGAUAGCAGAGAGGUGCAGAGACAGCUCAGUUAUAGUGAGGAGACAGGCUGUUGCUGCGCUGCACCUCUUCACUACCACUGCUAUAUAUAAGCUGCUGCAGCAGCAGCAGCAGCAGCAGCAGCAGCAGCAAGAGGAGCAGCAGCAGAAGCAACAACAGCACGAAGAACAGGAGGAGGAACAGCAGCAGCAACAGCAGCAGCAGCAGCAGGUGCAGCUGGGGGAGCAGCAGACAGAGCAGCCAUGUGAACAGCAGGAGAUGCAGCAGCAGCAGCUCGUGCAGCUGCAGGAAACAGAUAGGAGUCCUGCUGCUGCUUCUGCUGCAGCAGCAGCAGGAGGAACAGCAGCAGCAACAGCAGCAGCUGCUGCUGCUUUGACCAGCAGCAUGUGCUGCGCGUGGAGAGAUUUCGUGCUGCAUGCAGCAGCAGCAGCAGACGAGGAGCCCAUGGUGAGGGAGAAGGCGUUUGAGGCGGCUCAGCAGCUGCUGCAGUGCGACAGCAGCAAAACCAGCAGCAGCAGCAGCAGCAGCAGCAGCAGCGCAGCAGCAGCAGCUGCAACAACAGAGGCUGCAGCAGACAUGCUGAUCUGCGGCUCCACAGACGAACACCUAGAGACCCUGAGACAGUUCUAUUUCUCCUGCUGCAGCAAGAGGGGCUAG